UGCAAUUUCCAGAAGGCGCAGCAAACUAUCUGACAUACCUGUAAUUGGAGACAAAUAUGGAGCCGUUAAUAUGCCGUGUUUGCCUGAAGAGCUGUGAAAACAUGGUCAAUAUCUACGAAGAGACGCUUGGAAAGCAAGUUUCCAUUGCGACCAUGAUAUCUGAGUGCACCGGCUUUAAAAUUGAACAAGGUGAUCAAUUUCCCGAAACCAUUUGCACUUACUGCAUGCACGAUGCGCAAAAUGCCUUCGAUAUAAAGAAAACCUACGAAAGAAGCUACCAGUUUUACUGCCAGUUGAGCAAGGGUUCCCUGAAAGGGGAGAAACCAAAAACGGACGAUUCUCCAGGGAAGAACGAGGCGCUUGAGAAAGAGGACCAUCGUGUUUUAGACUGCCACAUCUAUCAGUCGGGAAGCCAAACCCAGGAAGAUGACAAAGAUGGAGACUGUAAGACUAAUAACAAUAACAGUUCGCAGAAGUGCUCUCAAUGUCAAAAGACCUACAAGUCGGAAAAGAAUCUUAAGCGACACCUUCGAACCCACUCAGGAAAUCGACCGUAUAAAUGUUCUCAGUGUUCAAAAGCAUUUAAGAACAAUGCAGUUCUUGAAGGACACGUGCGAUCGCACACGGGAGAACGACCGUUCAAGUGUACCCAGUGCCCGAAGACUUUUACAUAUAAUUUUCAUCUUAAGGAACAUAUGCGAGUGCAUACAGGGAAUCUUGUAAAGUGUACCCAAUGCUCGAAGGGUUUUGCAAAUAAUUCACGCCUCAAGCGACACUUACUGAUCCACACAGGAAUACGAGCUUUUAAGUGUACCCAGUGCCCAAAAACUUUUCUGCGAAAUUGCGUUCUUCAAGAUCAUAUGCGUGUGCACACGGGAGAGAAGCCGUUUAAGUGUUCCCAGUGCUCAGCGGCUUUUACAGUGAAAUCAAGUCUUCGAACGCACAUGAUAUUGCACACAGGAGAGCGGCCAUUCAAGUGCAACCAGUGCCUAUCAACUUUUUCCAUCAAAGGUAAACUUCAGGAGCAUUUGCGUGUGCACUCAGAAGAACGACCAUUCAAGUGUACCAACUGCCCAAAGACUUUUAAAUAUAACUCACAUCUUAAGGAUCACUUGCGAACUCACUUGUUAGAACGGCCGUUUGAGUGUUCUCACUGCUCAAAAUCUUUUAAGAUAAAGUCGGUUCUUAAAAGACAUUUGCAGAUCCACAUAUGUGAACGACCAUUCAAAUGUACCAAAUGUUCAAAGGCUUUUGCGGAGAAUACGCAUCUUCAGGAACAUAUUCUAGUACACACAGGGGUGAGACCGUUCAAGUGUACUCACUGCCUAAAGACAUUCACAAGCCGCUCAAUUCUUCAGAGACACUUGCAAGUGCACUUAGGUGCAAGCCCGUUUAAGUGUACCCAGUGCUCCAAGGCCUUCUUAACCAAGUCAAUUCUUCGGGAUCACUUGCGAAUCCACUUAGGAGAACGCCCGUUUGAAUGUACCCAGUGCUCAAAAACUUUUUCGAGAAAAUCACAUCUUAAGGAACACUUAGCCGUACACACUGGAGAACGACCAUUCAAGUGUACCCACUGCUCAGAGGAUUUUAGAUAUAAGUCACAUCUUCAGGAUCACAUGCGAGUGCAUACAGGAAUACUUUUUAAGUGUACCCACUGCCUCGAAACUUUUGAAAAGAAUUCCACUCUUCAGGAACACUUGCUUAUACACACCGGGGGAAGUCCAUAUAAGUGUAAUCAGUGCUCGAAGACUUUUUCCUCAAAUUUGACCCUUCAGGUGCACAUCCGAGUCCACACAGGAGCACGACCUUUCAAAUGUUCACAGUGCUUGGCCUGUUUUACCCAGGAGUCAAGUCUUAAGCGGCACCUGCGGCGAACCCAUAAGUUAUAAUUACACUGAAUUACACUACCUUUAUUAUAUACUUGGUUAUGAUCGAAAGAAGCCGAAUCAAUAAA